AUGGUCCGCACCUCCGUCCUCCACGAUGCCCUCAACAGCAUCAACAACGCCGAGAAGGCCGGCAAGCGCCAGGUCCUGAUCCGUCCUUCCUCCAAGGUCAUUGUCAAGUUCCUCCAGGUCAUGCAGAAGCACGGCUACAUUGGCGAGUUCGAGGAGGUCGACGACCACCGCUCCGGCAAGAUCGUCGUUCAGCUCAACGGCCGUCUCAACAAGACCGGUGUCAUCUCCCCCCGCUACAACGUCCGUCUCGCCGAUCUCGAGAAGUGGGUUGUCAAGCUGCUCCCUGCCCGUCAGUUCGGCUAUGUUAUCCUGACCACCUCUGCCGGCAUCAUGGACCACGAGGAGGCCCGUCGCAAGCACGUCGCUGGAAAGAUUAUUGGUUUCUUCUACUAG